AUGGGGUACUCCUUCUCGGAUGCGCGGAGACAGAGGAGGAGAGAAUCUGCUCGUCUCGAUAUGGAUGAUCAUGCACCGUGGUCCAAACAGGGCAUCGUUCAUGUGGGGAACAGCGAGUGGAACAAUAAGCCCAUACGCAGAAAGACAACCAACAACCAGAGCCCUGUGGAUAUGCGCCUGCUUGGGCAGAUAUCACAGGGUGUAUAUCGCGAUGAUCCACUCGACCGCAUCAAUCCUGUGACGUUGCAAGAGUAUUAUGGAGGGGGUGAUCAUGAAGCUGAUGAAGACGACGAGGAACUGACUGUUCCAGAUCCCGAGCCUGAAGAUCCUGCCCUUGCAGAGCUAGUGGACGAAAUUGGUCGCCUCCAGGAGAAGAAUUUACGGCACAAAGCUUUACGUGUUGCACGGCACUCCAAUCCUUUCGAAGACAACGAGGAAGCAGAAGAAGCAUUUUGGGAGGCGGCUGCCGAAUUACAGCGGAGCAACAUCAUACCGCGCUUCUAUGGUGUUCACGAAGACGAACAAGACUCUGCUACUUAUCCUGAUUUUGAGACUAUCAGAUGGCGACAAGUUGGUGACAAUGCAGAAGUCGAUCCCCGGAUAUGUCUUGAUUGCGACCACAAGAAGGGUUGUCAUCCUCGUCAAGCCCCUGCAGCUCCCGACCCACCGACGACAAAGUUUCAGGACAUCAUCAAGAAGUUCCAAGACCGCUCACGUAUCAAGCUGGAGAAGAGAAAGAAGGCCCACGAUAGCUCCGAAGAAUCUUCAGGCCCUGACGGUGGCGACCUAGCCUGCGAUGUUGCCCCCCCUCUCAAGGCUUCUGUGAAGAUGGCGAAGCUAGAAAGUCUCACACAGAUGGGGAAACAUCGGCAGAAGAAGAGCAAGGCCGCAAAACAGCCUGCCAGUGCAAAGGCUAGGAUGAAGAACAGAACGAUACUAUCAAUGAAGGGAAAAGAAGUCGCAAAGAAGGAAGCUUCCUCAGGGGAAUCUACUACGGAUGACGACCAUUCAGAAUCCAAGAGUGAUAGUGAUGUUUCUAUCGUCUCCAACAUGCGUGCUGAAGAAGAGGUGAACGGUGAUAAGGGCUCCUAUGGCAAGGGAAGAAGAAUCCCAGUCAUGCAUGUAGCUCUGAUCGUCUGUGGUAUUGAUAGCAACGGGGAGCUUUUUAUUGACAAAGCUCCCCGUGAAACUCAUCUCAAGCGCAUGGCGAGACAGGGUUUAUAUAUCAGUCAGACACCAAAGGGUGGUGUACUGUGCUGGCCUUUAUCCGCGAAUGCCAUUCAGCUCGACAAGAUUGUCAGGGGGUGGUUUCCCAAGGUAUUUGAGCUAAUCGAUAAGGGGAAGAAGGGAAAAAAAGUGGCGAUGGAUUGGGUUCUGCUUCGCAAGAAGUACUAUACCUUGACGGUCGUGCCGGGUCCGGUGACUGGGGUCCAGAUGCAUGAUGAACGGCGUCCCACUACGAAAGGUUAUGCAAAACAAACUCUCUAUCUUGCGACGGUAAAGAGGUUCACCUACCAGGAGCAGGCUCAACUGGAAGGUAAAGUGGUAUCAGGCAACUCAGCUAUCGAUCAUAGUUGCUCUGAGAAUGAAGGUACCUCGGAGGGUGAAGGCAAAGGCAAGAAUCCUAACACUGAAGCUCCAGACAAAAAAGAGCCGAUCAUCGUUUCAGACGAUGAACAGGACGAUACAUCGCCUUCACCUGGUGUACAACCUCCCUCCCCAGUUAUACUAUCACCUUCUCCAGUGGUUCGAUCCCCUUCCCCAUUCCCUCUCUUCAUCAAUUGGACACCACCGCCCGCCUCGCCACCCCCCUUGGAGCGUAUUCCUGAGUUCAUCCAGGGUAGUUCAAGCGAUGUCUUACCUAGGUCUUCGUCUGCCCCUGAUGAGCGGAAGGGAUAUCUCACUGGUGUCACGAUCCCCAAGAAUGUGCAGAAGAAUCCUUGGCGUAAGAAUUAG